ACUUCCUCAAAGUAUUACAUAAUGAGAGAAGAAUGGGGAAGCAGCUAAUGCCAUUAAAUCUGCAUGCAAACCCUUGCUUUUUCUCGUUGCUUUGGGGGCUUUUGUUACAUUGAACCCCCUCCUCCUGUUAGAUAGAGAAGACACACACACACGAAUACAGUAUUUAAAACAGCUACAUGAAGCUGAACAGCUGGCUGAGAAAUGUAAGGUGCAGUGGGCUGGGGGCGAGCUGGGUGGUCCGCCGGAAGCCCGUCCCCUCCCCCCAGCACGUGUCCCGUCGCCUGGCAACGAGCCGCCAGGUCGCAGCGGGAAUGACGCGGCGUCCCUAGCACCCGGCGCUCCCGGGAGCACUUGGCACUGGCGAAGGCCUCUUUUGCAGCGAGAUGACCAAUGACUCCGACAGCGUCCGCACCGAGUCCCAGGUCGGGGAGGAGAGCGACCUGCCGGUCAUCCAGCUGUGCGGGCUGGUGGAGGAGCUCAGCUAUGGAAACUCUGCUCUCAAAAUCAAGACAGAGAUGUUUGAGAAAUAUUACAAUAAACUGGAGCCAAGGGAUCAGCGACAUCCACGAUUAUCAGAAAUUAAAAUGUCAGCAGCAGAAUUUUCACAGAAUACCAUUAGAGUAUGUGCUCUCCAAGAUGAAGGUACAAACUACAAAAGAAAAAAUGGGAAGCAAGAACAGGGGAUUCAACACAAGGUGGAUGAGCAAAAGAUCCCAGGAUGAUUGUGAAACGAGAUCCCAAAAUGGAAAAAAAGAAAAAAAGACAGUUAAGUUCAGAUGAUAACAGGUAGGCCGGUUCCAGGAGAGAUUUAUUUGAGAAGAUGAAACUGAGGGAAUACCUGAUGUAUCCAAAGACACUGACUUCAAUUUAGAAAAAUUGGACUGAAUUCAGUAAUAAGAAUAGAAAGCAGAAACAAACCAAUAAAAACAGUGUUUUAACUCCAGGGAGUUUCUUGAGCAAAAGAAAAGUAAUCAUAAUAUACUAUAUGGCUCAACUGUGAUCAGUGUUUACAUAUUGAAUAUUGAAUGCUGACCUAGACAACUAUAUUGAGAAAGCAGAAGGAAAAAUGUGUAGAGGAUAAGAAAAGAGUAAAGCCUUAUUUUCCACAGCAGAAAGUACUUAGAUAAUGCCUAAAAUGGAAAACCAAGAAGAAGCAAUAUAGAUUCAUGUUAGUUGGAGAUACAAAAAUAAAUACCCCCAAAAAUCAA